UCGGUCACUGGUCAAAAAUUAAAGAUUUUUGAAUAAGUAUGAUAAGUGAACAUUUUGGAGAUACUUGUGCAUUUGGCAAUCGCAUGCCGUUUUUGUGGAACGUGAAUUGCCCAUUUUUCAAAAAUCCUAAUAAUUAUUAAAUAAAAUUGCUUGUUUUUUUUUGUCAAUUGCAAAGCUUUUUUCUUAAAGAAAUGUACGGCGGAUCUUUAUUUUAUUGUGUUCGAACAGAUAGGAUACGAGCUGAGACUUUAAGACAGUCCAAUCGAACUCAAAGACUCCAAAUAAGCACUUGCAAAGAUGAAAUUGCAUCAUUCUACGGUCAUCAUUGUACUACAGUUGUCAAUAUUUCAAACUAUCCUCGGAAAUCAUUGGAGUUUGGAAUCGAUUUCAAAUUAUUUCGGCCGAAAUGACAAAAAACGAAGCCCUACAGUCAAAAAAGGAGAGGGAAAGGCGGGACUACACCAACUUACAGGCUCGGAAGGUCCCUUAACAUUGGCACGCGUGGUGGAUCACUUGAACUCGAUGGCACCUCUACAUCUGAAGGAGCCGUGGGACAACGUGGGGCUCUUGGUCGAGCCUCCAACUUCGCGGACAAUCAAAACGAUCUUCCUGACAAACGACUUGACCAUGCCUGUGCUACAAGAAGCUAUUAAUGUAUCGGCUGACAUGAUAAUUUCGUACCACCCUCCUAUCUUCAAAGGAUUGAAGAGAGUUACAUGCAAUAGCUGGAAGAUCUCGUUUCCUCUGAAACUAUCACUUGUCUAUUUCAAGGAAAAAAUAAUUGGGCUUUGCGUGGAAAAUAGUAUCGCCGUCUACUCGCCACACACAUGUUGGGAUGUAAUGUCGGGUGGCACUGCUGAUUGGCUAGCUUCCGCUUUUCACCCCGCUAAAAUUGAGCCAAUUAUCACUCCGCGCCCACCAGCUCCUGAAGACAAAAAUAUCCGUUUCCUAGUGGAAGUUCACGGAGCAAGAAACUUGAAAAGUAACGCUCACAUGAAGACACUGUUGGGAAGUGGUAGCUCCAAAAUAAUAUCCACGAAUCCUAAAGAAAAACGUUUCUCCCUCACAAUAACUUCACAGGAGCUGCCGUUUAUGUUGAAUAAGAUUUCCAAAACCUUCUCUGGAAGUAUUUCACAAAUCAAAUUGGCGGAUUCUAUCAGGGACGCCGAUUUAGGUGUCGAUCGCUUCGUUACCUUGGAAAAACCAACGCAGAUUAAAGACUUAAUCGCUAAGGUGAAGCACCAUUUGAAUGUUUCACAAUUACAAUUGGCGCUGAGCUUCGAUCACAGUUUAGAUCAUCACAUCAAGAAAAUCGCCUUGGUGCCCGGAUCAGGUGCUAGUGUUUUGCUAGAGGCUUGCGGUGAUGCUGAAUUAUUCCUCACCGGUGAAAUGUCUCAUCAUGAGUUGCUUGAUGCCAAUCAUCAAAAUGUCACUGUCAUCCUAGCCCAUCAUAGCAACACUGAAAGAGGAUUCUUACGAGUGAUGGCUCAGAAACUCAGGUCUACAUUUUCAACUUGGCCUGGGACUUCGAUCGUAGUAUCAGAUAGCGAUAAAGAUCCUUUAAUUGUUAUUUGAACUUCAUAUUGAUCAUUCUAGACUAUUUUUACGAUUAACCAGCUACUGAAUGCAUA